AUGGGUGGUUCCACAAGCAAGCAGGAGCGAAGAAAAACUACUAGGAGGUGCAUCAAGAGGAGAUCAAAUGAAGAGAGAAGGAGACCAACAAGAAGAGAGAUUGAUGAGAAAGAGGCAGUAAUAUCAGCUCUGAAGAUGGUGGAGACAGAGUGGAGGAAAGAUAGGAAGAAACUUAGAGAAGAAGUGAAGAGGCUGAGGCAAAAAAUGGAACAGAGAGAAGAAGCAAAGGCGAAACAACACGAGUGGGAAUGGGUCGUGGAACAAAUGUGCUUAGAGAGAGCCAUGAGGGAAGAAGCCGUGGAGAGGUGGAAACAGCUCUACUUCGCUAUCAAGAACGAGCUUGAUGAUCUCAUCCACACAACAUAUGGAGAUGCACUACGACAGAAACCGCAAGAAGAAGGGGCAAAGAUAGUGUAA